AUGUCAGUCAAAGCAUUCCUAGAGAAGGCCAGGCCUUUGGCUGCCGGCUCACAGAUCCUCAAAUUUGUGACUGGUAACCAGCUGGCAGAUAUGGAUUCCGUUGUUAGUGCCAUUAUCUACGCUUUUUUCUACAAUAAGCAUUUCCCUGAUAAGGUGCCUUACUUGCCGUUGAUAAACAUCCCACAGGAUGAAUUGAGACUCAGAAGAGACAUCGAGUUGCUUUUGAAUUCUCAUGGAAUCAGUGCCAAACAUUUAGUUUUCAUAGACGACCUCAAGCGGCUUCUAGAAGGGACAUCGAAAGUACUAGACCUUGUUUUGGUCGACCACUGCAAUUUGCAGGGACAAGAGUUGAUUGCGUUAAAUAAAGCGAAUCGUCUCAAAGUGACAGGAAUCAUUGAUCAUCAUGCUGAUGAAGGGGCUUUUCUUGACGCUAACCCCAGAAUCAUUCAAUCAAACGGCUCCUGCUCAGCGUUGGUGUACAACUAUUGGACAAAUGAACAAGGUGAACUGGCGCCGACUGAGGUUGCAAAGCUCCUUUUGGGCCCUCUUUUGAUUGACACGAGCAAUAUGACUCAGAAAGUGGAAGAGGGAGACAUCAAGGCUUUCAGUAGCUACAAGAAGGUGCUUGAGGGCGAAGUACAGGCAUUGGGUGUGGAGAAUGAUCUCAUUAAUGGCCUCUACAAGCAACUCAAAAGCGCCAAGAAGGACUUGAAUGGGUAUUCAUUCUAUGACAUUUUGAGAAAAGACUAUAAACAGUUUGCCUUUACCAGCCCUACUGGAACAGUGAAUGUAGGGUUCAGCUCUUUGGGCAAGUCGAUCAAGUGGAUCACCAACAACUUCACCGCUGCAGAGAUUGCAUCCACAUUGGACACCAUGUGUCACAACUUUGGUCUUGACAUCAUUGUCAUUACCACAUCCUACACCAAGAAGGAGAAUGACGAAUACACCAGGGAGUUCUGCUUCAGUACCACAGGUACUAGGUUUGCGCCGUUAGCAAGCUUUGCUGAUGCGUUGGUCUUGAAUGACGAUAUCUACGGUGGCGCUUCCGUAAAGGAGAAGGUGUUGUUGGUGAACAAACACCGUCCGUUUGAAGUGUACAACCAAGUCAACAUCAAGGCAUCUCGAAAGCAAGUGGUGCCUGUUGUAAAGGACAUAAUCGAGGGAGGAAAAUUGAACUAG